AUGGAGCAUGGGUCAUUGGCAGCGGGCGAGUCCCUCCCAGAGCCCACUCUGGCCCCGUUUCACGCACAAGGGUGUCUUGCGGGCAUCGGUGCAGAGAGCGGCCAGGACUGCCCUGACUCGCAUCUCUCCUCAGCUGACAUAUACGACAAGACGGCGUCAGAGCUCAAGAAGCAGGGAUACGACUGCGAGUGCUUGGGGGGCGGCAGGAUCUCUCACCAGAGCGAGAAGAAGAAGAUCCAUGUUUACGGAUACUCCGUGGGCUUUGGGCGAGCAAAUCACUCCGUGACUACAGAGAAGCUGAAAGCCAAGUAUCCAGACUAUGAGAUCACUUGGGCAGAUGAAGGCUACUAAUUUGGUCUGACAAGGCAGCAGCCUUGGUGUCAGCCUGGAGCUGGUAUGGCUGGUUUCUCCAGCUCAGUGUUUAGGGAAAUGGCAGCAGGGUUCCCAUGCUCAGCAGCAUAAUGGGCUCUGCUGGUUUUCUCUGUGCUGAACUCACAGCUCUGAGGAACUUCCAUUCUCCUAGGGAGUUCACCCAUCUCCACUUUCACUGGACUUCCUCUGUGCCACGGGCUCUGCCAUCUCCCUGCCACGGCACAGCAAAGCCUAAGGGUGAAACCCUCACCUCGGUGAAGCUGAUGGGAGCUCUGCCCUGGCCUUGCUUGUGGCAAGGGUUUGUCCUGCAUAUGUGUGGUGAGCAUUAAACAUGUUGGGCAGCACAGCUGGCCCUACUUG